AUGUUUGGCUUGGCUUCGCAAACGAAGAUCAGGAAGGUUGUUGUCCACGCCGACGUGGACGUGGAUAAGUCCUUCGGCCUGCGCGGCGGAGUUUUUAGGUGGAGUAGAGAGCGCGCAAACUGGCCCCACCCUUUACACCCGAAGUUCAUCUGUCAUGGCUUAGCAAGCUGGGACGAUGGCAGCGAAAUCGAAGGGUGGCAGGUUUUACAUCAGUUUCCCUCUCCGUGAGGCGGGUAGCCGACCAAGACUGACGAGCCUCCCCUGCCCAAAGCGACUUGGUUAUACUGCGCCAGGCACUCGCAAUCGUCCUUUCCUUUUGGUUCAAAUCCAGGAGGCACCACGUGGAAGUUGGAGUAGGACUUGAGGUCGGCGUCACUCUAGUGGAUGUUUUAGGUCCAGUGUUGAUUUUCACCCAUACCAACAUCCAGUGACUAUGCGGACCCCCAUUUACCCCCCAUGACGAGUGCUUUAAACUACUUUUCUAUUUAGCUUCACGGUCUUACUCAGUGUUUAAUAUUUGCACAGUGUAUUGACAAUCUCUGAUGAAAAAAUGGAAAAUUUGCUUGCUACUAUGCGGAUUUUUAUGCCUUCUUUACGAAUUGUGACUUGGGAUAUUUCUGCUAUAAUUUUGUGCAACGCUUUAAGAAAAUUGGCGUGAUAGAACCCUACCGUUGUUGUAUAAACAAUUUGUCUGUCAUUUUACCCACCUCCUCCUCUGUUUCCCAACCUCUUUCAAUAAACCCUUAUAUUAAUGACUGGUCCCGAGCUAGGUAUCCUGAGUAUCAGGCCUUCCUAAGAAACACCUGAUACUCAGGCUAGAGCUAGGAAACAGUUUAUGUUGUUUCCCUCGAAUCUUAAAAGUGACGUUGCACGGGACGAUUUGCAAGGACGACUUCUAGUGCAACACAGCAUCACAACAUUGUUGCAACAUUAUUUGGAAUUGUUGCAACAUUGUCCCAACAUUGCUAUGCUGUAUUGCGCUCAAAAUGGACGUUGCGAAUCGUACCGUGUAACAUCACCUUUAAUGUUUCUCGAGCCCGGAGAUUUUCGGGAAACAAAAUUAACUGUUUCCCGAGAAACCACAGAUUUUGCAAUGUUGCCGGCUCAGAGAUUUUGGCGGGAAACAGUUUCAUUGUUAGAUGUCAUGUGACCUCGAAGUAACCAAUGUGAGCGCGCUCUGUUGGGAAAAAAGCUUCCAGCUAUAUAACAGUGGUCUGUUUUUCAGUCCUGAAGUUUUUAGGCUUAAAUGAAGGUAGCUUUGGGCCUUUGCCUUUAGCCAUUUUUGCUUGAUUUUUUUUAAUAUAAGGAGCUAUAAGGUCCAGUUAACGAGUUCAGGCAAUGCAUGUCAGUAUAUGAAUAGUUUAUAUGUUCAGGUGGACUUUCUUUUAUAUUUCCCUAAAAGGCUUUUAUUACCGAAAAAAGAAAAAAGAAAAAAGUUUUUGCUCCCGAUUCACUGCAAAAUACUGGAAAAUUAUAGAUAACGUUAAUUUUGAAGAACAGCACAGUUAACAACCAUAAACCGGUCGUUCAGUAAGCCCUAGGCUUAUACAACUUCGUAAGGGGUUUUAGGAGGUCCUAUAUAUAAAGGGGGCGGGGAAGGGGGCACACAAAAAAAUACAAAUCAUGGCCUACAAAUAUUAAAAAUAAAAGAAGGAACGAUACUCUACUGACCGUGAAAGCUACGUGGUUAACCAUGAAAAUUCGACGAAAAGAAACCGUCUAGAAGACAAGGCUACUUCAGAUGCCAUACCCGUAAACGUUCCUCAAGUCCCCCUCAAGCCUUUUCCCAAUUAUAAGACCUCCAGUUAUAGACCUUAUCAUGACGGUCCGGUUGAAAGCCAUCUUGUCGGAGAGCCAAACGCUCUGAUUUAUAUACCCUAUCCUAGAGUAAACUGCUUGAAAACCAUACCCUUCACAGCGGCACAUACCUAUAUAGCCCAUAUAUGGCAGUCCCCCCCCCCGGGGUUCAAGUGGUUUUGAACUAUAUUCUCGUUGGGUGCCCCUGAUUUCUAAGGCUUACUUUCUGGCAAAUAAAAUGAACUGAAUGUAAAAAGUGAAAGAGAAAAAGCGAAAAAUUCAACUUCUAAUUAAAUCUUUUCUUAUGGUUCAGAAUAAACUAUUCUCGAAACAGAGAAUGUUUUCAUCCAAGCUGUGUAAAUCGAACUGAAACUAGUGCAUGAAACCUUGCGUUUCCUGUAUUUAUCUCACCUAUUGUAAGGAAUAUGUGUGCAAAUCUUCAUUGUGAAUCGGUGUAUUUCAAAGAGCUACACAACGACCAAGAAUGCUAUUGACUGACAAUAUACAGAGCGGGGGCAGCUGUACUGUCAACUAUUACUAGUAUUAAUCAUUAGCAAUGAGGUGGCGAAAAAUAAGUACUGAGAAGAGGCACUGUUCGGUCAUGUAGGAGUUAGUUGGCCUCAAAAAUAACCACGAUAAUUCCUUAAAAUGCGUCCACGAAUUAUCUGAUAAUAUAGCUUGCCGGGAAAGCUUCCUCGACGCUUUAGGCCUCGUUGUCUCGACUCUACUCUAUGCCGGCUGGUUAUUUAUGUAUCACCGAUGGAGGCUCGUUAUGAUCAAUCCCCCCUCCAAAAAAAUAAAUAUUGAAUAAAUAAAUAAAAGUAUUUUAAGAAUCUCCAUCUGUGAAAAGUGAUCAGUAUGGAUUGUUUUAAACGCUUGGCUUGGCUUCGCGAACGAAGAUCAGGAACAUUGUCGUCCACGUCAACGUAGACGUGGACUAGUCCUUCGGCCUGCGCUGCGAAGUUUUUAGGUGGAGUACAGUGCACGCAAACUGGCCCCACCCUUUACACCCAAAGUUCAUCUGUCAUGGCUUAGCAAGCUGGGACGAUGGCAGUGAAAUCGACGGGUCGUAGGUUUUACAUCAGUUUCCCUAUCCUAGGCGGGUAGCCGACCAAGACUGACGAGCCCCCCCUUCCCAAAGCGACUAGGUUAUACUGCGCCAGGUACCCGCAGUCGUUCUCUUCUUUUGGUUCAAAUUCAGGAGGCACCACGUGGAAGUUGGAGUAGGACUUGAGGUCUGCGUCACUCUAGUGGAUGUUUUAGGUCCAGUGUGGAUUUUCACCCAUACCAGCAUCCAGUGA